AUGAGCAGCAGCAGUACGAACGACGUUGCGGCGGCGCCGAAAACGUGAGCGACACUUUGCAACUGUGUGUUUCGCAACCACGUUUCAGACCCACUACCAGUACGAGUACCGACAAAGACAAAGACAAAGAGAAAAAGAACGCGCGAGCGACGGCGCCGCCGAAAAACCGCGGAUCCAGUCGGUUGAAGACGGUGAAUCGACGCAACUCGGCGCGCAAAAACGUCUCGCCGAACGUGUCGAUCGACAAUACUUCGCAGGAGGGAAACUCGAAUCGGCGGCCCGUCGUCGAGUCGCCACGUGGCAAAAAAGAGCCGCAGAACGUGUGCCGAGUGUGCAACUAUCGGCCGGAAAAGGGAAAAGGUGGUGGAGGGGGAAAAGCCAACCAGUACAACGUUUUUUAGGUGGAUUCUUCAAAAAAGCCUUCAAGAAGACGUUCGCGAUGCUUCGACAAUCGGAUACCGAUAGUCCGUAAGUGCAGCGGUCCCCCAACGCCCACGCAAUAACCCUUCCGAUCAGGACUCUCAACGCGUCGGGCAUCUCGGACACGGAGGCGGAGUACAGUGACAUUCCCGGCUCCGUCGACAUGUAUCCGAUUCCAAUGUUCUUCAAAAUGGACGAGGUCGAGCAGGAGAGACUGCGAAACAAGACUUUCAAGAAGGACGGGACCGUGUUCCACUUGAACCGGCCGUGGUGGACCAUCAGGGACCGGAAGGCGACGCCGCCGUAUCAGCCGAUCCAGCAGCGAGCCCUUGAGAACCUUUUUCUCAAAGAUCCGUCGCUUUUUGUGAAAACGCCGGCGCGCAAAGUGUUUUUCGACGCGCUCGGCGAGGAUAUCGAAAGUUUGAAGGCGGUCGAUCAGGUCCACAACGGUCACAAUGUCGUCAUCUCGAACACGUUCUACUCGGGCGUCAACGUGCUCGCACAGAAGCAUCAGAAACUCGGAACCGACUCGCGGCCAGUCCCACCAACUUCCAAUGGAUCCGGCGGGAUCACCACGAAUCAGAAGAAACGAUCGAACGAGGGAGCGCCGGCGCAAGUGUUGGCGCAGAUUAUUCCGAAAGAGCCGAAGGCCAAAAAGGUCAUCAAAUGGGCCGACGAGCCGUUCUUCCUACAUCAGUAUAGCCGGUGAGAUUUUCCGCGGUCCCUCAAAGCUCACCAGUCAAAAUUUUGCAGAAAAGAUCGGUUCACCGAGAAGCGUUACUUUUCGCACGUGGAAUACGGUAGACGGGUGUCGAAAGAGGGCAAAGACUCGAAAGAUAGUGCGGUGGCGUCGAAAGGAACCAAAAAAGGAUUGGUCUUCGAUUGA